UGCUGAAUGGACUCGCCUCCGGGGCUGUGCAGUCAGUGCGACUGCGCGUGGGCCGGGUGCCGCGCUACUUAAGUGCGCUGCACCUAGUGUCGGGGGAGGUAACCAUGCAGAGCGCGGAUCCCGAGCAGCCCGCAAAGCGGCCUCGCUGUGAAGGCAGCCCAAGAACGCCACAGCGCACCCCUCCUGCAGCGGCGAACGCGUCUCCGGGCUGCGACCUCCACACCGACCUCCGGACCUGGGAAGUGGAGGACGUGUGCUCCUUCUUAGAGACAUGUGGCUUCCUAGAGAAGAAAGUGCUGGACAGCUUCAAAGAAAAUAAAAUCACUGGUUCAUUUCUGCCCUUUCUCAGUGAGUCUCGUCUCGAAAAUCUUGGAGUAAGUUCCUUGGAGGAGAGGAAGAAGAUGAUUGCAUGUAUCCAAGAACUGAGUCAAUCUCACAUAGAGCUAAUGAAGGUAUUUAACGAUCCCAUUCAUGGCCAUAUUGAGUUCCACCCUCUCCUUAUCCGGAUCAUUGACACACCUCAGUUUCAGCGACUUCGGUACAUUAAACAGCUGGGAGGCGGCUACUAUGUUUUCCCAGGAGCGUCUCACAAUCGCUUUGAACACAGUCUGGGGGUUGGGUACCUAGCAGGCUGCCUUGUUCGAGCACUCGCUGAAAAACAGCCAGAGCUGCAGAUCAGUGAGCGAGACAUGCUCUGCGUUCAGAUUGCCGGGCUCUGCCAUGACCUUGGUCAUGGGCCAUUUUCUCAUAUGUUUGAUUCAAGAUUUAUCCCACGUGCUCGCCCAGAUAAAAAUUGGAGGCAUGAACAGGGCUCAGUUGAGAUGUUUGAGCAUCUGGUUGAUUCUAAUGACCUCAAACCUAUCAUGAAAAACUAUGGUCUCAUCCCUGAAGAAGAUAUUGACUUUAUCAAGGAACAAAUUAUGGGACCACCUGAAACUCCAGUCAAAGACUGUUCGUGGCCGUAUAAAGGACGCCCUGCCAAGAAGAGCUUCCUUUAUGAGAUAGUAGCUAACAAGAGAAAUGGCAUCGAUGUGGACAAAUGGGAUUAUUUUGCCAGGGACUGUCACCAUCUUGGCAUCCAAAAUAAUUUUGAUUACAAGCGCUUUGUAAAGUUUGCCCGUAUCUGUGAAGUGGAAGACAAGGCUGGCUGUAAGAUGAAGCACAUUUGUACUAGAGAAAAGGAGGUUGGAAAUCUGUAUGACAUGUUCCACACACGCAACUGCUUACACCGCAGGGCUUAUCAACACAAAAUCAGCAACCUCAUCGAUAUAAUGAUCACAGAAGCUUUCCUCAAAGCAGACCCCUACAUGGAGUUUACAGGAGCCGGCGGGGAAAAGUUCCGUAUUUCUACAGCUAUUGAUGACAUGGAAGCCUUCACUAAGCUGACAGAUAACAUUUUUCUGGAGAUUUUAUAUUCUACUGAUCCAAAGUUGUCUGAGGCACGAAAUAUUUUAAGGAACAUCGAAAACCGUAAUCUAUACAAGUAUUUGGGUGAGACCCAGCCAAACGGUCAAGACAAGAUUAAAAAGGAAGACUAUAAACAGCUUCCCCAAGACAUUGCUGACGCCAAACCUAAUGUGCCGCUGGAAGCCCAGCUGAAGGCCGAAGAUUUCGAAGUGGAUGUUAUCAACAUGGAUUAUGGGAUGGAAGACAAGAACCCAGUUGAUCAUGUUCACUUCUAUUGCAAAAGUAACACGAAGCACGCAGUCUUGAUCUCUAAGGACCAGGUGUCACAACUUCUGCCACAGAAAUUUGCAGAGCAACUGAUUCGAGUAUACUGUAAGAAGAAGGACAAGAAGAGCCUGUAUGCCGCUAGGCAACAUUUCACUCAAUGGUGUGCGGACAGAGACUUCACCAAGCCACAGGAUGGUGACAUUAUAGCCCCACUUAUAACACCUCUGAAAUGGCAGAAAGAUCGUCCAGAUUGCCGCCAAAAAGCAUCCAAAGACGAAGUAAAAAAACAGCUCUUUAUAUAGACCUCUUCCCUCUUCACAGUGAAGUUAGGAUAUGUGACCAGAGUCCACUAGUGAUUUUUAUUUAGUAUUUUGAAUGUACACACAUGCCGAAGGGUAAGUUACUUUUAUUCAGAAUGAAAAGUGGUAAUAUUAGCCCAUUUUUGCUCUGCUUACUGUGGAGUGGGAAUGAGAAUGGCCCCACAGGCUCAUAUAAUUGAAUGCUUAGUCACCAGGGAGUGUCACUGUUUGAAAGGAUUACAAGGAUCAGGAGGUGUGGCCUUGUUGGAGAGAGUGUGUCACUGGGGGUGGCCUUUGAGGUUUCAAAAGUCCUUGCCAGGUCCAAUCUCUGUCUCUCUCUGCCUAUGGGUCAGGAUGUAGCUCUCAGCUACUGCUCCAGCUCCAUGCUCCCCACCGUGAUGAUAGUGGACUAAACCUCUAAAGCUGUAAACAAGCCCCCAAUUAACUGCUUUCUUUUAUAAGAGUUGCCUAUGGUGUCUCUCGACAGUAACAGAACAGUGGCUAAGUCACACUAUGAAAAGCAUUAGCUUGUGUAUUUUUAACAUUAAUUGAAGCUUUUUUCCUUUAGCAACCUAUUUUCUCAGGAUAACUUUCCCAUCUCUUCUGAACUCUUAGGACAAAUGAUUGUCUUUUGUUUUUAAUUUAGAAAUUGAGACAAGGGCACAAAUUGGAAUUCAAAGUUGAAAUUGUCCUGUACCACAUGGUUAAAAAGUAAACAAAAUCCUAGCCCCCCUGAAAAGGUGCCCCUCACCCUGCUCCUCCCAGCAGAGAAAGCCGCCACCCCCCUCCAGCCUUGUUAAGUGCCAGGCUGGGGAAGCAUCAGGGGGCAGCUCUUGUGGAGAGGAGCAGAGGUGUGCCAGGCAAGUCCUCCACCACUGACCAGCAGCUCCACCCCUGUCUCCUAGUAUAACCCCCUGCCCCUGCUGUAGGGGGUGCUAGGGUCAGAGGGGACCUCAUACCAGGCUGCUCUCUGAGUCUGAUGUGGCUCCAGACAUGAUCAGCUUCUUUGCACCUGGAACCACUCCAGCCCCAAGGGACUCAGCGCUGCCAGCCUGGGCAUGGCCCUUCCACCUCUUCUGAGUUGGCCUGGCCAGCUGCUCAGAAAACACCACAGACACCGUCCUGCCUGCUCUCACCUGGGAUUUCACCACCGCUGCUUCGUUGUAUUUAUGAGUUUCAGAAUAUUCUGGACUGCGUGUGUGAGCCUAGUGGCCACCCAGUGGGUCCCAGGUUCUCCCAUGUCACUUGCUGUUCCCAGCAGUGCAGAGCCGCCCGUGGUUGAGUUCACCUGCACCGCUCCCCUCACCCCGCUCUGCACAGCUUUACCAAGAACCCAGUCUAGCUGGAGUCGAAGGGGGUGGUAACCGGAGGCAACAACUGCAGAUGACACCUUAGUCAUGACGUUCCCCUAAGUGAGGUGGCAGCCCUGGCAGUGGGGAGCCCGAGGACACCAGCAGAUUGCCUGUGCCAGCUCCCCUCUGGGUAGCCAGGUUCUAUUCUGUCCAUUUGUAAGUGAAAGAGUAUUUGGUGUGUUUGCCUCUCCGGGCUCGUAGAUGCACAAGGGAGGUUCUAGCUUGCCCUGCUAGCCACGGGCCUCUCACAUUCAGGGAGAUGGCCAGAGGUCCCACCUUUGUGGGCCCAGACUCAAUGUUAAGAAUGGUAUAUUUUCUGCUACUGUUGUUUUAUUUUAUGUUUUGUUUCUUAUUUUUAACUCCUUGUGGUUUAUUCUGGAAUUUUGUAGUCCUAAUUUUGUACCGUGGUAUCUGGGAAACAUCUCUGACCCCCUUUAUGUACAAGAGAGCUCUAUUUUAUGCCUUUGAAGCUAUUUUCAUUGUGAGUACCUGUGUCAUUUACAAGACCACAUAAAAAUGGAGAUUUUUAACA